AAAAACAAGCGCACCUGAAGGCAGCAGGUAGAAGAAGGCGAGCUUCAUUCGGAUAAGCAGGAAGGAGACUCUGCAGGUUCGCUCUGAUGACUGAAAGAAACGCAGCUCUGUAGGACUUUCUCGUGAAGAGCUCAGAGGAACUGAAGAAGCUGUGAAGCCGUUUUUGCCCGACUGAUCCACUGAUCGAUUGGAGGAUGUGGAUGCUGCGCAGCGUCCUGUGCGUGUCUGUGGUCUGCGGUCUGGCUCUGGACUCAAACACCAUCAGAUCCUCCAAAGAGUCGACGCUGCAGAGCUCCGAGCUGCCGGAUCGUUCCCAUGACGACAGGAUGGAGACAAAUUCCAACUCCCACCGACGACAAAGCCCGCCAUGUACUUCGACUCAAUGCAACGCACCUCCGCAGAGGGGGCGCUGCAGUAACAGAGCUGACAGAAGGCCGUCCCCCAGUGACGGACAGGCGGACGGACAGGCGGGCAGAGUGACGGGAGGACAGAGGGACGCUGACGGCAACAGGACCAAAACUCUGGAGAUGUCGAGCUGCGUGCGGUCCGGCGACUGCGCGGACGGCCUGUGCUGCGUCCGGUACCUGACCGGCAAACGGUGCCAGCGGAUCCCGGUGGAAGGCGAGGCCUGUCUGCUGCGAGGUCCAACCAAGCGGAGGAGGAACCUGGGACGCUGCGACUGCGAUGCGGGGCUUUUCUGCACCGCCGUGGACCGGGUAGAGACGGGCAAAAACAAGGGCCAGGGGGUGUGCGCGCCCCGGCCGAAGCAGGGCCAGCGGAAAACAAGGCAUUCUGGGAAGAAGCGGAGGACGGCAGAGGGGAGCUGCUGACGGACUCAUGAACUCUUUAUUUAAGUCUGUAGAAGGUUUUAGAUGUUUCUCAUAUCACAGGUUCAUCCAAUCAGCAGCUGCCACACUUUCUCCAUCACUGUCACUUCAACCAAUAAAAGUCAAUGAAAGUUGGUCUGAGCUCUUCUCAGGUGUGUGGGCGGGCACAGGUGGGGUUUGACUGACAGCUCUGUGGGACAAACUCCACCCUUAUUAUUCAUUACUCACUCGCUGAGCAGCAUUGUGACCCUGCAGUUCCUCUAACGUCCACCAGAGGCAGCAGCGACUCAGGCCCCAUAGACUCCCAUGUUAAAACUGAUACACAAACUGCUUGGUGUCCAG